ACACGGAGAGAGAGAGAGAGAGAGAGGAAAGAAAAGAGACCAACGGGUAAAAGCAGAGAAGAAGUCAUGGGUUGCAUCUCCUCCAAACUUCUGGCUGCAACCGAUCUAGAUAGGGAGGUCCGCUUUUACGGCAGCAAGGCAGCCGCCGGCGAUUGCCCGAACCACGUCGUCUUGCUCGCUUCAAGCACCUAUGGAGUACUAAAUCUCGACAGGAGCGAAGACAAGGGGAAAGAAGAUGAAGAUGAAGAAGAAGAGUUUGCGACCAAGAAAUGGAACAGAUGUUCUCCGGCUUCUAUGAUUCGUCCAUCCAAGAGAAGGGUUCUGAAGGAAGAGCCCUCAGAGAUCAUCAAUGCAUGGGAAUUGAUGGGGGAUCUCGACGAAGAGAUGUACAUUUGGUCUCCGUUGAAGAAAUCCCACGCCCCGAUGCGUCCAUCUUCUCCGGCCAAGGUCACGGCGACGCCCAAGAAGCAGAGGAAGAAAUCAGUAGGGAAGGAGAAUAGCCCUCUUGGUCAGGGUUCAGAAAGGUCGGAUCUUGAUUCCAACAGGGUCUUGAGACCCUUCAGUUCCUUCGAGAAUGCGCAAUGGGUUGGAUCGGUUUCAACGAUUCCGAAGAAGAACACCCCCACCAGUGCCACCAUGCAGAAAUCAGGGAGAGACUAUGGGGGUUCGGGGUCGAGACGAAGUCUUAGUCCUUUGUUUGAUCCAGAGCUCCUUGCUUCACUUGAAAAAGCGCACCAUGAAGAGGGAGAACAGAUCAAGAAGAUGAUAGAUCCUGCUCGAAGGCACCGAAGGGGCCAUGAUUUGGGCUUGCUGCUGCAGUCCUUUCAGGAGAAAUGCCCGCCAGGUGGGGAGAACGUUGUGAUCUUGUAUACAACGACGCUGAGGGGAAUCAGGAAAACCUAUGAAGACUGCAAUGCUGUUAGGUGCGCAAUCGAGUCUCACGAUGUUAGGACUGUGGAGAGGGACAUCUCGAUGGACUCGGGAUACAGGGAGGAACUAAGGUUGCUGAUGGGGGAAAAGGAGGUGAGGGUCCCUGUGGUCUUUGUGAAGGGGAGGUUGAUUGGUGGCGCCGAGGAGGUCUUGGAGUUGGAGGAGGAAGGGAAAUUGGGAUUGUUAUUGGAGGGGAUCCCGAGGGCAGAGUCGUGGUGUAAGGGCUGUGGAGGGAUGAGGUUCGUUAUGUGCAUGGAUUGCAAUGGCAGCUGCAAGGUGUUGGACAGGGAGCAGAAGAAGAUGGUGAGGUGUGGACGGUGCAAUGAGAAUGGAUUGAUUCACUGCCCCCUAUGCUGCUAAGAAAUUGCAGGAGGAUUUCCCUCUCCUUUUGCUAAUUUGAGAGGUUUGUUUAAUCCAACUUACCAAGUCUUCUGUCUUUUUUUUUUUAUUCAUUGUGUGUGUUUUGUAAGACCAAUAGACUGUCAGAAUGGGUCGUCCGCCCUCAAAAGAGAUCAGAUAUCUCUGCUGUAUGUGUCUGAUUAAUUCGAUGUAGCGUCCACUUUUAAGCUUGCA